UCCGGUUACUUCAAUCGGUCUCUGCCGUAGUGGUUUCGAUCAGUAGCGUCUCAUGCCAACAAAAUGAAGCCCAUAACGCAGAGAGCAUAUAUGUUUCAGGAUUAUAUAAGCAGUGGUGAAGAGAAGAGCAGGAAUCUGGUUCAGAAGCUGAGACUUGAGAGAUUGGGGUGAUGGGCAGCUCAUCAGGGCUUGUGGAUUGGAGAGGGAGGCCGGUGGACACCAAGAAGCAUGGAGGGGUCAGAGCUUCCAUCUUCAUCCACAUGCUGGUGUGGCUGAGCAACGUGGCGAACAUCGGGAACAUGACGAACCUGGUGAGCUACCUGAACGGGAGGAUGAACAUGGGGGUGGCGCAGGCGUCCACCACCUCCACCGGCUUCGUCGCCAUGAUGCAGGUCUUCACCAUCCCGGCCGCCUUCCUCGCCGACUCCUACCUCAAGCGCCUCUACACCAUCCUCUUCUUCGCUCCCGUCCAGAUCUUGGGCUACAUCAUCCUUGCCAUCCAAGCGCACGUCCCCUCGCUGCACCCGGCGCCAUGCCCCGCCGGCGCCGGCGCCAACCACCCGCCGGGAAUCUGCGAGCCGGUGCACGGCGGCAACCUGAGCCUCCUCAUGCUGGGGCUCUACCUCAUCUGCGUCGGCGAGGGCGCCGUGCGGGCGUGCCUGCCGGCGCUGGGCGGCGACCAGUUCGACGAGGCCGACGCGGCGGAGCAGCGGCAGGCGGCGAGCUUCUUCAACUGGUACACCUUCGCCGUCUCCCUCGGCGCCUUCGUCGGCCUCGUGCUCGUCGUCUGGGUGCAGGACUACCGGGGCUGGGACGCCGGCUUCGCCGUCUGCGCCGCCGUCGUGCUGCUCGGCCUCCUCGUCUGGGCUGCCGGCAUCCCGACCUACCGCAACAAGGUGCCGGCCGGAAGCCCCAUCACGAGAAUCAUGCAGGUCCUGGUGGUUGCAUUCAAGAAGAGAAAUCUUCAGUUACCUUCGAACCCUGAUGAACUGUAUCAGCCAACCGAGCAUGACUCUCUGACAGGGCAUGAGAUUCUUCAGAGAACACCAGGUUUAAAGUGCCUUGACAAGGCAGCAAUAGUGGAGCAUGGAAGCAGCAGCGGCGGCGGCAAUGGCGGCGGUAGAGGAGCGUGGUCGCUGUGCAGCGUGUGGCAGGUGGAGGAGACCAAGAUCGUGGCCCGCAUGGUGCCCAUCUUCCUCACGGCGACGCUGGGGUACAUGCCGGUGUCCGUCAUCCUCACCUUCACGGUGCAGCAGGGGAACACCAUGGACACGAGGCUGGGCCGCAUCCGCGUCUCGCCGGCGAUGCUCUUCGCCAUCCCGACCGUCUUCCAGAUGGCAAUCCUCGUCGUCUACGACCGCGCCGUGGUGCCGGCGCUGCGCAGGGCGACCGGCCGCGUCGGCGGCGUCACCCACCUGCAGCGCAUCGGCGUCGGGUUCGUCUUCUCCAUGGCCGCCUGCGCGGUCGCCGCCGCCGUCGAGGCCCGCAGGAGGAGCGUGUCGUCGCCGACGGUGCCGAUGUCCGUGUUCUGGCUGACGCCGCAGUUCUUCCUCCUCGGCGUCGUGGACGUCACCUCCUUCGUGGGGCUCCUCGAGUUCUUCUCCAGCGAGGCCUCCGACGGCAUGAAGUCCAUCGGCAGCUCUAUCUUCUACUGCAUGGUGGGCCUGGCGGCGUGGCUCAACACCAUGCUCAUCGAGCUCGUCAACCGCGCCACGCGCCGCGCCGGCGCCGGCGGCGGGUGGCUAGACGGCGCCGACCUGAACCGGAGCAGGCUGGACCGGUUCUACUGGCUGGUGUGCGGCGUCGAGCUGGUGGCGUUCGUGGCCUACCUCCUGUUCGCAUGGAGGUACGUGUACAGGAAUGACCAGCGAGUUGCUGCUGAUGGCGGCGUUCAUCAGCACGACGACAUGAAGCCUGCAUCAGCUGGGGUUGACUUGGGUCAAUUCUAGUUAAGCUAAUCUUUAUAUGAUUGUAUAGUGAUUUCACUAGUAUGUGAAUGCAAGGAGAUGGUCUGUGGUCAUCGUAUUUGUGGUUAUGCUACUAUAUAUGUGGACUUUACUAAGCUGUUGAAACUAAUUCUGGCAGCCCUAGUUGCAGGAUGCUGCACUUCCUAAGGCAGAAUACACUACACUAGAACCUGACAUCUAAAGGCCAUUUGGUGACA